AUGUCAGACGUUGAGACACCGGAGCAGUCUGCUUCGACUCCAACGCCUCAGCUGACGCCCAAGGCCAAAGGCAGAGGCAGAGGUCGAGGCAGAAAGGCCGUCGCUCCCAAGAAGGAGCCCCCAAAGCCUGCACCUAUCACCGGAACAGGUCGACGCGGCCGUUUCAAGCAGUUCGCCGAUGACAAAGUCCAGGCAAACUAUGAACGCCAACGGGAGCUCAAAGCUUCUUACGCUGCUCUUGCCAAUGUCGUGAAGCCCGCGCUUCAGGACUUGGCCUCCCGCGCCGUCAAAAAACUCAACAAGGAUGAGACCUACCACAUGUUGGUGCCCGAGUACGCGAUGAUCAAGGAACACGCCGAUAUGCGCCUUGACAGACGACUGGCCUUUUCAGAGAACAAAUUGGCGAUUGCUGCCAAGAUGACGUUCAAGGCCAAGCACAUCCAGCUGGGUGCCGUUCGCGACAUUUACAAGAACGGACUUGAAGACCUCGAGGAUGGUUUUUUGGACGCACAACUCCAUCGCCUCGACAUUCUCGAAUACCUCCACGAUCACGGCCUGCCCGUAGACCUUGUCGACGGCGGCUGGAACUACAAGCGAAUUACCGACAAGGAAGCCGAAGAGUUCGGAAUCUAUGAAGUCUACGUGGAUGGCAAACUUGUCCCCUACCCUCAAAUCGUCGAGGGGACCGAAGCCCACGCCCUUAGACAAGCUGCUUGGGCGGAACCUCAGCCCGCCAAGGACAGCCUUGCACCACCCACCUCAGCUGCUACUACUGUGCCGCGGGCGAAGCGCAGAGCAAAGGACCAACCCGAGGGCCAACCCACUUCCAAAAGGUCUGCCGGCGAUGUUGCACCUGUCCGUCACAUCGCGGGCAUCAUGUCGGCUCAGCAAGCUCCCAUUGAGGAUGAGUCAAAUGAGAGCACGCCGGUUCCUGAGGGCCCGGUGACCGCUGACCAGCGAGAGCCGGCCUUGCCGGCAAAGGCGUCCGAACCAGAUGAGUACGGGUGCCGACAGGUCAACCGCCCUACUGCCAAGAAUGGUGCUAGUAUCGCCAACCGCCUCAUUGUUCCGCCGUCAUUCCAAUUCGACGAUGACGAGAUUGGCUACCGCGAUUCGACAAACUCUGCUAGGCAUGGAGCCACUCUCGCAAAACGGGGCAAGUAUCUCGGCAAGCCCAACUCGAACACAUGGCACUACGACCCUCUGCUUGCUCGUUGGGACGCUCGGGAGAUUGACGAGGACGACUACGACAAGGAGCUUGUGGAGAGGUUCGCUGUUCACCCGCGUUACGGCUACUUCCUUCCUACGAGCAAGAACGAAGCCGAACCUUCAAAGCCGGAAGCAAACCCGAUGCACCCGACUGUGUUCCUAACGCCUUCUGGCAAGAUCAUUCACGCCUCUCGUGUUGUUCCAGCAGCAAAGGUCGAGAUUGCCUUGGCCGAUAAGCCUCACCAGGACAGAAUGGCGACGGUUCUCUCUUCGAUCUGUGACAAGGACGACAUAUCGCUGGACGACAUUGAGGGUCCGGAGCUCAAGGCGUUGAAGGACAUUCAGGCCGAGUAUGCUGAGCAGAGACUUCUUGCGGAGUCGAUCAAGGAUUCGGAGCCUGGAAGUGUUGAAGACACGCCUGCCACUUCGCCCCUUCCAACCAACGAUUCCGCUCUGAACAUCGCGGGCAUGGAGGAACUGCUCAUGGCCGCCGAAGCUGUUGAAUCCGAAGCCGAGGCGGUCAAGCCUAUCGAGGAAAAGCCAGUGUCCCUACCCACCCCGACCCCCGUUAGACCUGCCACACGCGCGUACGACGCAAUUCGAGACAUCUUUGGUGCUACUGAUUCGCCCGCCCCCGAGCCCCCUGCUCCUGUCGUUGCACCCGAGCCUCUCGACACUACUGCGCUCGCGAUCCUCGCCAACGCGUCUACUUCCGUCUAUGCCGCUCAGCCUAUCGACGUCAUCAUGGCUGAUGCGUCUGCUGGUCAGUCCAUUCCAGUCGAUGGACCUCCACACAGCCACGUUGAGUCCAGCUACUCUAUCCAACCUAUGCCGGUCGAGCCUCGUAUGCCAGUCGCAUCUCCCAACGAAGGUACCAAUUGGGUCGAAACCCGUAUAGCUUCGCCGGGAGGCGACAGCCGGGUCCAUCCAUCCAUCGAGACUGGUUCGAUGAGGGAUCCGCACCCAAACCAACUACCCCCCGCUCGCCCUGUUGAAAUGUCGCAAAUGCGAUCUUCUAUCGAUGCCUCAAAUGACACGCGUCGACACUCCAUGUACCACGAGCACAAUGGUCCAUCGGCCUACAACGAGCAGCACUUGCCCCCUCCUCACCCACAACAACACUACCUUUCAGCGGAUCCCAUGAUUGACCCGCGCCUCUACUCUGCACCGAUGGAGGCGCAGGCUGGGCACCAUGAGUACCAUCAACAGACAUACAACCCGACCCAACAGACAUACCAAUUGCCAGGCCUUCCCAUGCAAGGGGGCUCGAUGGCCCAAGCCCCUUCACAACUUCAGCAACCCGGCUCUACAUCCCGGAUGCCAUUUACGAACCCCCCUCAGGACAGAAGCUCGCCACUCCCCCCGUUACGACCAUCACGUGGCCGUAAGAGCGCCCCUGCUGCACCAGAGCAGCCCAUGGCUGUCGAGCACCAGCAAGUGCAGCAACAACCUCCGCCACCGUUCAUGACCAGCAACAGUGGCUCCUUCUACCCCCCGGGCCCGCCGAGGCCUUAUCACAACGGCUACUCCCAGGAGCAGCCUGGCAUGCCGCUCAUGAUGGGGCAGUAUCCGCCUUACCCCGGCUCGCAGCCUCCGCCGCCGCCUUCGCAGCAGCAGCAACAACAGCAGCAGUCGUAUGGCCACCCGGGCAUGUCACCCACUUACUCCUCCAUUGCGCCCGUACAAAGCCCGCCCACCCUCCAGUUUGUUCAGCAGCAGCCCAACGAACCAUCGAGAAGCCGGGCUGGAAGUGGCUCGUCCACACCGAGCGGCCCGGGAAACAGCAAAUACCCCAAGCUGGCCCCCGCUCCCCUGCCUGCUCACAGAGUCGGCUGGCCUCAGGGCCCCGAGCUGAGAACCGUCCAGUAUGACUAUAAAGAGAACAUCAAGGACUACUCGCCUACUGAGCCCCCUCCGCGUCGUGGCCCCGUCCAGAUCCGAGGCUGGAACAUCAACAAUAAUAGAAUUCAGCGCCAGAAGACGGAGGAGAACGGCGACGAGCGCCGCGGUUCUCGCUAG